UGUUCAUAAAGGCAUAAAAUAAACCCUAAAAAAAUAGAAAAUUUAAAAUCGCCAUUCUUUCUUUAUUUCGAAGCUCUGUAACUUCCUUCACUAUUUCUUCUUCUUCUUCCUCAUUCUCAACUUUCACUCAAAUUUCGCAUUUCUAAGAAUAAGGAGAAAACCCAAGAAUCAGAAGAAUCUUGAUACUCUGAUUCAAACUCUCUGUUUCUUGAUCCUGUUUUUUUUUUUCUUUCUUUCUUUCUAUGGAUUCACUUGAUACUCCACCUCCACCACUUUCUGCACCGUCCAACAUGGCGGUCGGAGGUCAGCAGGCGUAUUCCCCCGCCAUGUCCAAUGCCAACAACAAUGCCUCUCUAAAUCAACCUUCGACUCAAAUGAUUCCGUCUUCAUCGCGAUUUCCCUUCAACCACCCUGUGAUCGCACCUACACCCAUGCCUUUGGAUUCUCUGAACGUUUCUCCCUACGACGGAUCGCAUUCCGGAAAUUUUACCGUUGAUUCCGGUAAGAAAAGGAGAGGCCGGCCGAGGAAAUACGCGCCUGAUGCUAACAACAUUGCCUUGGGUUUGGCACCUACUACUGUUGUUACGUCUUCUGUUCCUCACGGGGAUUUGAGCGUUACUCCUGAUUCGGAACAGCCGGCUAGAAAAGCUAGGGGAAGGCCGCCGGGGUCCGGAAAGAAGCAGACGAAUGCUCUUGGUUCAGGCGGUACUGGUUUUACUCCUCACGUCUUAUUGGCAAAGCCCGGAGAGGAUGUAGCAGCCAAAAUUUUGUCCUUCUCACAGCAAGGACCACGAACUGUCUUUAUUCUCUCUGCAAAUGGUACUCUCAGUAAUGCUACCCUUCGACACUCAGCAUCAUCUGGUGGUUCUGUGUCAUAUGAGGGCCACUAUGAUAUCAUCUCUCUGUCAGGCUCGUUUUUGCUGACGGAGAAUAAUGGAACUCGAAGUAGAACAGGUGGUUUGAGUGUGUUGCUGGCUGGAUCAAAUGGACAAGUUCUUGGUGGUGGAGUUGCAGGAAUGUUAAUGGCAGGUUCUCAAGUACAGGUGAUUGUGGGAAGUUUUCUAGAGGAUGAUAAAAAAUCCAACACAGGUAUGCUGAACUCUGGAUCUUCUGCACCAUCACAAAUGAUAAAUUUUGGUGGUGGUGUAGCAGCAGCAGCAGCAGCAGCCAGCCCUCCAUCGUUAGGGGCAUCGAGCGGGGAGUCGUCGGCUGACAAUGGAGAUAGCCCUCUUAAUAAUAGGCAUCCUGGAAUGUUCAAUAGUUCCAGCCAGCCAAUCCACAAUAAUAUUCAGAUGUAUCAACAAUUAUGGGCAGGCCAAACACAGCAGUGAGGAUUUAUUUUGCAACUAACAGUGAAGUGGAUUAGGAUGAUCUUGCAGUCUGCACACAUUCAACCAUCGUUUUUGUGAAUCUAACUUUUGCAAUUAAUUACCAAAAGCAUUUUACCAGAGGGGCUUCUGGUUGCCUUGCCUUUUUUUUUUUUUUUUUUUAGGUUAUAAUUAAUAUUAUUUCUUUCUCAUUAUCCUCUCUUUCUCUCUUUGUUCAGUUACACUAAAACAUAAUCUCGACUAAAAAAUUAGAGAUUUAGGGUUCGAGUUCGAACUC